GUUGAACCCCCCCGAUAAAUACAGAUGUUGAAAAAUGUUCGAAACAAGUUCUCGUAAUUUUUUCAGAAUAUCGAGAAAUGUACCGCAAAUAACCCACAUUAUUAAGUUGUCAGUGAAUGCCACAGCCAGACCUCUUCCAAGAAUAACCAUCCCUCAUCAAAUCGUUCAAUCUUUAGAAAAGGCCAAGUAUAAAAACCUUUUAAAAGACAUCAAAUCAAAACCAGUGUAUGACAAGAGUCAGAGUAAUCUUAUAAUAUUAUGCAGAAGGACAGAGUUCAAUCACUACAGAGGUCAAACAUACACCAAUUUCACACCCGAGUGUUUGGCCUCACGGGGAUGGAAAAGCAAGAAGUCAAAAGGAGAUUACAUAAUUAUCAAUCCCAGACAAGGGCUGCCAGCAUUUGCAGAUGAAGAUUUGCCUUCAUUCACUGAUUUGAAAUUAUCAACCAGUCUCAUUAAUGUUUUGAAGGAAUACCAAAUCAUUCAGCCCACAGUUGUUCAGUCCAAAGUGAUUCCACUGUUGGAAAGUGGUAGAAGUGUUCUGUGCGCUGCUGAGACAGGGAAUGGAAAAACAUUGGCCUACCUGCUGCCGAUCAUUGAACGAAUUUUAAAACUAAAUAAACUAAAUAAACAAAAUUCAACAACAACUAACAACAAUGGUGAUGUUGAUGACAUUACAAGGAUGAGAAAAAGAUUAAACAGUCCAGUUGCUGUUAUCAUUGCACCAUCUCGAGAACUUGCAGACCAGAUAUAUUCAGUUGCAAGAGAUAUUUCAUCAUCUUUGGAUGUCAGAGUUGAUGUUAAGUGUGGGGGAAGAAGAACACAGUCCAUAUUGAGAGAGAUGCAAGUUAAGCCAGUUGAUAUCUUAAUUGCUACACCUGGAAUCUUGUCCAAACUUUUAUCUAAUAAGUUUUACAACUUAUCUCGUCUGAACACAAUUGCAUUCGAUGAAGCAGACACAUUGUUUGACGAAAGUUUCUUAAGCAUCAUCUUAAACAUCGUCAAAAAAUUAAAAGUCUCAACUGAAAAGCCAGUAAUAAUAAACCCCAGAAACAAUGACGACUGUGUUAAUGAUGAUGAAGAUGUUGGUAGGGUUGCAAGCAGAAAAUUAUUGUUAAAUGGCGGCUUGCAGGUAGUUUUUGUUGGAGCUACCAUGCCUAAAGGUCUCCAGACCAAACUGAAUGAAGUUAUAGAUAUGGAAAGUGUGGAGGUUGUAGUUACGAAUUAUCUUCAUCAUAUUCUGCCUCAUGUUCAUCAAAAGUUCGUUAGGUUGGGACCUGCUCAGAAAUUAGAUCACCUGUUGAAGGUCCUAAACGGCAACCUUAACCGGCCUGACCCAAUUCCGACCAUCGUCUUCUGCAAUCAACCUGACACAGUUUCCUAUCUGGGUCACAUGAUGACGUCACGCGGCAUCAAUCACGUUACCUUACACGCACAAAUGCCCCAAAUAGUGAGGGAAGGUAGGUAUGAAACGUUUGCAUCGGGUGAAUCAAACCUCCUCAUCGGCACUGACCUUGCCUCCAGGGGACUCGACACGACUCGUGUGCGCGCUCAGCACGUUAUCAACUACGAUUUCCCACACUUCAUAUCUGACUACGUGCACAGAGCGGGCAGAGUUGGUCGGGUUGGCAGCCCCCAUGGAUGUUUCGUGCUCAACUACGUCGUCAGGCUGUGGGAUGUGGAGUUGAUGUGGAAGAUUGAGACUUCAGUACGUCGCCGAACUGAACUUGCAAAUGUGAAUGCAAACAUUAAGAAAAAACUGGUUGGACUUCAUUCCCUCAAGAUGUCGAAACUUUCCUCUACUGCCUCUCACGGCCCUCAUGAUAUUAAUGAUAACGAUGGUUAUGAUUUCAUAUGAAGUGUUAUCAUUUAUUACUAAUACCAUUACUACAGGCGCCUCUUCAACUACAUUUAUUUGCUUCUUACCAAUUUUGUUCCCAAGAAGUUCUGGCACGAUGAUGUAAAUAAUUCUCUGUUGUGUUGUCUUAUGCUUAUUAAUGCUGGUUGCAAAUUAUUAUUAAUAGACAAGUAAAUGUGUGAUUGAACGAUGUGAUAAUUAUUUUAUUUAUGCGCAUAUACGAACCGAAAAAAAUGUCGGUCGGCGUCAUCUAUUAUUUUA